CAUGUGCUUUCAUGUAAUUUUUUUGAAAACAAAAUCAUUCAUAAGCAAAUUCUUUAUUUUCUUAAGCAUUACAAAGCGUUCUUAAACAUGGCACAACCCACCUUCUAAUACAUUUCUUAUACAGGUGGAUGAAGUGAAACAUUUAAAGUUAUUGCCUUGAAUGAUAAGACACUAUACUGGCAGCUGAGGUGAUUCUGCAUUUGGGAACUCCACCUCCUACCUUCUGAUUACAGCAGAUCACAUGUCUACUCCUUCCUUUGAGAUGCUCUCUAUUUAUUUGCCCCUGUUUUCUGCUCUCCUCAGACAGAGCUCUGGUUUUCAGGAUGAAGCUCCACACUCUGCUCCUGCUGCUGGGUUUUCCCUCGCUGUCCGUGUCCGAGGUCGUGCAGUCUUUUAAAGAAACCUGCCCUGAGUUCUUUAUCCGAAACCCCUAUAAUCAGAAUGAAGUGAUCACCCCUACUGUUUUCAAGGGAGAACAGUAUAAGCAGAUUUGCCAGCGCUGGAAAGGCCAGUAUAGAUAUGCCACUCUCUACGACAGGUUGAGCAGGAUCCCAGUCUACUCCGCAUACACUUUUACUAGUAAAGGCAAAAGUAUUCGACCUGAUGAGUGGAUGAUAGAACCUCAGCUUGAUCUACCGUCUACGGAAAAUAACAAAGAGAUGAAGGUGAUGACACCAGAUAUUGCAGACAAGAUUCUUUUCCAGGCUAAGGAAAAAGACUAUACUUCAGUCUUUACUAAAGGCCAUGUGUUUCCAAACGGUUAUGCUGUUGAUCAGGAACAGGCAGAGUCCAGCUUUACACUCACCAACGCAGCACCACAAACUGGAAAAAGCAAUGAAGAAUGGGCAAAUCAGGUGGAAAAUCCAAUGCUCAAAGAAAUUAAAAAACUGUGUAAGCUAAACAAUCCAGCUUAUAUUGUGACUGGGGUGGUUCCAGGAGAGAAAUGGCUGCCCAUAGAAAUAAGGGAAAAAAGCAUUAAAAAUGGACUUAACAUUCCCAGUCAUUACUGGACAGCCUUCUCUUGCGUUAACAACAAAAAGGAACACAUUUCCAAAGCCUACCUUGCUCAACAAAUAAACCCUUAUCUAAAUAUCCAGUUUGACAAAAGGGAGAUGACUGUUGACGAGCUGAAUUCUGAGCUCACUAAACUUUAUAAGCAGGCAUUCAGUGUGUUCAUGAAGAAACUCCAGCGGAGAAAUACUGUUAAGUUUUAGUCUUAAUUUUACCUAUUAAUGUUUGUGCUAACUAAUGCUAUACUAGGCAUACAUUACACAUUUUAUUAAGCAGAACAGUAACACUGCAUUUUUAUUAUUUCUAUUUGUACUAAUGUAUUACAACUGUAAUUAAUUAAACUGCUUCUGUGAACACAAGUCAAGUCAUAUGAAGCGUCCCCUUCUAACCACCUACAACUUUUUGGUCACUUGAUGAUUUGAUCUCUCAUUAUGAAGCACUUUUAAAUGUGAAGAAAACACUAAAUAAGCUGUAUAUUUAUUUGCUUUUUGGUGAAAGUUUCUGUCGUCAUGACUAACAUCCCUGACAGGAUAUUUGUGUGAGUAAUGAUGGUUAAUGAAUGUUAAUGAAAGUAACUUCCUAUUAGAGCAUAAAGAGAAACUGUUCAGAU